UUUCAAAUCGAAUUCAAACAAUACACAGAAAAUAUUCACUUCCAAAGCGAAUCUAGGGUUCUCAUUUCCAAUGGAACUCCCUCAAGGAAUCGAUAAUUACAUAAAAGAAUCCAUUGACAACACUCUAGGUCUCCCAAUUUCCCAAGAAAAUCUCCAAUUAAAGCUUUUGGCCUCUCAAGAAUCGCUUCAACGACUUCGGAAUCAGUACUCUCUUUUACUCUCCAAAGUAAAAGAAAAGGAUCAAACUAUUGAUCUUGCUAGGGCGGAGGCGAGUAUGAACGCGCAGGCUGUGAAGAGGUUUGUGGAGGAGAACCAGAGGCUUGCGGAGGAGUGUAAGAGAUUGUUGAGUGAGUGCAGUAGGUGGGAGAAAGAAUGUUCGCUGUACGAUCAUGAUCGAGAGGCUUUGAUGGAUUUUGGAAACGAAGCGGAUGAGAGGGCUAAAGAGGCUGAAACUAGGGUUCAUGAUUUGGAGGUCCAGUUGGCUCAGCUGUUGGAUGAAUUAGAAUUUUACAAGCACCAGUAUGAAAUUCGUGGGGAUGAUUCUUCUGCUGAGGACACUGCCGUGGAAGAAAAUUUACUCGAGUCUGUUUUAGCAACAUUAGUCAGUAAAGAUGAUCUUAUGUCUGGUCAUGCAUUCUUGGAGGCAAAUAGUGGACAUGAACCAUGUCAAUCAUUGCUGAAAAUGUGGAAAAGCUUGAAGCCAUCAACUCAAAAGGUUCUAUCACUAGGUGCUGUAGUUAAGACACUUGAGAAGGAUAAAGAACAUCUUAGGGUGAACCUUGAUAGAGCUGAAGAGGAGGUGAAAUUGCUGUAUGAAGAAAACAAAAUAUUGAAUGCGGAGAGCAAGAAGUUAUUGAGGCAACUCCAUAGAGAAAGGAACCUUAAUGAUUCUGGUGGAAAGCAUACUAGCAGUGCAUCUGCCAAGUCAAACAAGCGAAAAUCAAGUCCUAAAAUGAGUAGCCCGGUGGAGAAGAAGAUUGACUUUGAUCUGGAUCUAGCUGCAAGACAACCUCUGUCACCAUUGAUAUAUAACUCUCCAGACUCAAGAAUGCAUAAGAAGUAAUAGCAAAGAUUCGUAAUAGUGUCCUAAUUUCUUUACUUCCUCCUGGAAGUUGAUUAUGUUCAGGAUGGUGUUAGAAUUGGAUUCAAAGGUAGCUUUUCUGGAGCCACAAAAUUUGUACCUUUUGUAAGAUGUCUCAAACUAAUUUGCUGAGUGUAAGGAUUUUUCCUUCACCAUUUUCUUUUUAGUCUUUUAUAGAAUUGUCCAGAUUACUCUUGACUUUAUGUAAAACAAAACAGUUUCAACCAAUGCAGU